CAGAGGAGUCAGAGGAGGAGGAUACCUGGGCUGUCGGCACAGCAGCAAACACCGACAGCCCCACGAAGCUGAACACACAGUGACUGCAUCCACUACAACUACCCAGACUUCACUCAGACUCCGCCGUUGUUGGCACAAUGAGCUGCAGCAGUGUUACAGGUUCCGAAUUCUCAGAGGAAGAGCUGGAGGAACUUGGUGUUCUGGGCCAAGAGGAGGAUGAGGGGAGUCCCAAGCCUUUCCAAGACAGCGAGAGCGCAACCAGCAGCCCGAGUGACCCAGAGGAAGGUCAGACCAAGAAACGCAACCGGCCAGUCCGCUCCAAGGCCCGACGAAUGGCUGCAAAUGUCAGAGAGCGAAAGCGCAUCAUGGACUACAACCAGGCCUUCAAUGCCCUACGCGUUGCUCUGAACCAUGACCUCAGUGGGAAAAGGCUGUCCAAGAUCGCCACACUGCAGAGGGCCAUCAACCGCAUCUCUGCUCUCUCAGUGUUCCUGAGCACAAACCCGCCGAGCAAACCGUGCACCCACCGGGAGUGCAACAGAGCGUCUGUGGGGCCGCCGGGGACAGGAACACCUCGACCCGACCAAACCAGAGUGCCGGUUCCUCACAUGGAGCAUCAGAGUUACCUCCCUUGGCAGGCGUCCAUCCCUCACCAGAUGCAGCCACAACAACCUCGCCAUGUGCACAGACUGCCCGCAGAGCCGAACGUCUACAUGGACAACACCAUGUCGUCGUGUCCCCCGUCCCCGCACUAUCCUUGUUACCCCACCGAGGGACAGCUUUAUGCCUCACAUGGACACUGCAGCAGCCCACAAAACCACCCACCCAGUCCGUUGCGAUACCCUCAGGUGGCAGAGGGGUUGGGGUACCAGCCAGGGAUGUGGGCCUCCUGUACUCAGGGAUACAUGGACACUUUUGCAGAGCCGCCUCCAGCUCUGGGGCUCCCGUGGCAAGUGGGCUACAAGCAAGAGCCAGCGCACAGCCUGUCUCUGUGCUCUGACAUACUGUAACAGGUACAUUUGACCACUGUGACCCCUGAGGACCGCUGACAACACCAGUGGACCGGUCAACGAUCUCAGGGAGAAGAAAACUGACAUGAGGAUUUGUGUUUCCUGCUGUUAAGUGACUCAGUAUUACAAAAACACGAGACGACUAAUGAAAAUAAAAGUGCAAUGGCAAUAUAGACUGCAGAAUGUUGUAAAUAGUGGAACACGUGUUUUGAUUUUGCAUUUCAAAACGUUAAACUUUGAGAAUGUUCCAUGACUUGCUUUGAAUAAUUCUCCCACUCCGUGCUGUUCUGUUUGUGAAUGGUGCAAAUGCUAACAAACAAACAUGGGACACGUUCCCUACACUAUGUUUUCAAGUAGUGGAUU